AUGACUUUCUUGAAGCAUGUGGAUCUCGAAAUCCAAGGCCAUAUCCAAUUUAGCAAUGACACGGAUUAUUGGCAAGCCAACGCAUUCAAGCAAGUCUACCAAAACGCCACAACGUUCUUCCAGCUCGGUGGUGAGGAUGUCAAUGUUUACGGUGAGGGUACUCUGGAUGGUAACGGCCAGGUCUGGUAUGACUUAUAUGCAGAGGAUGCCCUCAUCUUGCGGCCGAUUCUGUUAGGUAUAAUUGGGCUAAAUGGAGGUACCAUUGGACCUCUCAACCUUCGUUAUUCGCCUCAGUGGUAUCACUUUGUGGCAAACUCAUCCAACGUCCUUUUUGACGGAAUUGAUAUCACUGGGUUCAGCAGCAGUGCGAAUGUGGCUAAGAACACCGACGGAUGGGACCUCUAUCGGUCAACGGAUAUUGUUAUCCAGAACUCCGUGAUUAACAACGGAGAUGAUUGCGUCUCAUUCAAGCCCAAUGUUACCGACAUUCUGGUCCAAAACCUUCAUUGCAACGGCUCCCACGGUAUCUCUGUUGGCUCUCUAGGCCAAUACCCGGGCGAGAUUGAUAUUGUGCAGAAUGUGCUCGUCUACAAUAUCUCCAUGUUCAACGCAUCGGAUGGUGCGCGUAUCAAAGUCUGGCCUGGGACUCCCUCUGCGCUCUCUACCGAUCUCCAGGGCGGCGGCGGAUCGGGCCUGGUGAAGAACAUUACCUACGACAGCAUGACCAUUGACAAUGUCGACUAUGCCAUCGAAGUGACCCAAUGCUACGGCCAGAAGAAUUUGACACUCUGCAACGAGUUCCCCAGCAAGCUUGUUAUUGAAGAUGUUUUCUUCAAGAAUUUUAAUGGUGUCACCUCUGGGAAAUAUGACCCUUAUGUGGGCACGAUUGUCUGCUCAAGUCCCGAUGUUUGCUCAAAUAUCAACGCCAGUGGCAUUGACGUUGUUAGCCCCGAUGGGAAUGAUCAGUAUACUUGCACAAACGUCGAUGACAAUUUGCUGGAUUUGAAUUGUGCUUCCUCUAGCUAG